AUGGAAGACGUCAAUAAAAAAGUCACGAGCAUAAUAGAAGAUUUGGAGAAUAUCGGGAUAAAUGAAAAAGAAACGACGACAACGACACCAACAAUUAUCACGCUCCCAGUAAAAGGCAUGACUUGUCAAUCUUGUGUGCAAUCCAUCAAAAGUGUCGUCGAAUCGUUACCAGAAGUAUCAGACUGUCAAGUAAACCUCGAAAAAGAACAAGCAAAAAUUAGCUUUGACGCGAGCAAAACUAGCAAAGCACAGAUUAUUCAAGCAAUUGAGGAUUGUGGGUUUCAAGUUCCAUUGACGGAAGAGGGGUUAUCUUUCGAAUUGCUAUUGAACAAUGACAAAAAUACCAAUUCCGACUCCAACGACGGCUCAAGUAUUAUCACUUUGCCCAUCAAAGGAAUGACGUGUAUGUCAUGUGUAAAUUCUAUCACUAAUGUGUUGAAUACAGCGCCCGGCGUCAAAAAGGUUGACGUAAGCUUAAAAAAUGAAAAUGCGAUGGUGGAAUUUAAUCCGGAAAAAAUCAACAAACAAAAGAUAAUUGAUGUGAUAGAAGAUUGUGGAUUCCAAGUGCCACAAUUCACCGAUAUCAAGAAUUCAUUGAUUAAUAUUAAUUUACCAAUAAAAGGAAUGACAUGUAAUUCUUGUGUGAACUCGAUUAUGAAUGUAUUGCAACCUAUGCCUGGGAUUCAUAAUGUCCAGAUUAGUCUCGUAAAUGAGAGUGCUUCUAUUCAAUUUGACGAUAUUUUACUUUCAGAAAAAGGAAUUAUCGAUGCAAUCGAAGAUUGUGGAUUCAAAGUCCCGAUCGAUGUCGUAAAUAUCACCACUAAAAAUGAUAGAAUCAUAUCGAGUUUCAGCACUUUUGUAGGACUUGAAACACCUCCAGCAAAUAAAACUUCGUUUCCGUUAUCAUCGAUAAAAUCGCACACUUUUUCGGCGGAAAGCAUCCUAAUUAGUCAAUUAAAAAUUCUAGGUAUGACCUGUGCAUCAUGUGUCAAUAGCAUUGAACGUUCACUUCGAUCCACACCUGGAAUAGUCUCAGUCAAAGUUAGUCUGUUGGCUGAACGUGCAACUGUAGAAUACGAUGCGAAUGUCAUCGAUGAGAAUCGAAUUGCGGAAAUGAUAAAUUCAAUCGGGUUUGAAGCAUCACCAAUCGGCCAAAAACACGAGGAUACCGUGGAAUUACAGAUUUUUGGAAUGGCCGGUAGAACUAGCGCAAGGACCAUCGAACAAAGCUUACGUAAAUCUUUUGGAAUUCUAAAUGUUUCAGUGAAUGUCGCCACCGAAAAGGCUAAUGUCCAGUUUGAUAAGGGAAUUUUAGGCGUUCGCGAUGUGGUAAAUUUAAUUGAAGCUUUAGGAUACGAUGCUUUAUUAAUUGAUAAUAAUCGCAAUGCACAGUUAGAAUCAUUGGCAAGAACAAAAGAAAUUGCAGAAUGGCGUGAUGCGUUCUUUCGAUCACUUAUAUUCGCAAUUCCCGUAUUUAUUAUCUCUAUGAUUCUGCCAGCAUUUGAAUGGGGCUCAAACAUCGUCGAUGUUCAAUUAUUGCCGGGGAUUUCUAGUGGAGAUUUUCUUUCACUGAUAUUAACAAUUCCGGUGCAAUUCGGAGUGGGAAAAAGAUUUUAUUCUACUUCAUAUAAAGCAUUGAAACAUGGAACGGCAACGAUGGAUGUAUUAAUAUCAUUAGGAACUACAUCCGCCUUUUUCUUUUCUUGUUUCUCAAUGUUUUAUGCUCUCUGCGAUUUUCCACAACACGCAAAACCAUCCACAUUUUUCGAUACUUCAACAAUGUUGAUAACAUUCGUCACAUUUGGUCGAUAUUUGGAAAAUAUGGCGAAAGGCAAAACUUCAGCCGCACUAUCGAAAUUAAUGUCACUCACACCUUCCACGACUAUAAUUUAUCUUAAAGACUCGAAAACCGGUGAGAUUACCGGAGAAAAGAAGAUUCCAACUGAAUUAGUACAAGUUGGUGAUUUCGUAAAAAUUGUUCCUGGAGAUAAAAUUCCCGCCGAUGGAAUCCUAAUAUCUGGACAAUCAACAAUCGAUGAGGCGAUGGUGACUGGUGAAGUUGAACAAGUAAGUAAAAAACCGGGUGAUAUUUUAAUUGGAGGAACUGUUAAUGGAUUAGGAACAUUUCAAAUGCAAGUUACCCGUACUGGUAAUGAUACUGCAUUAGCUCAAAUUGUGAAAUUGGUCGAGGAAGCUCAAACUUCAAAAGCACCAAUACAAGCAUUUGCUGACGUUGUAGCUGGAUAUUUUGUACCGGUGGUGAUCACUUUGGCGAUUGUCACAUUCGCAGUAUGGAUUUUUCUGGCGCAUAUCCUUGAUCCAGUUCCCGAAAUAUUUCAUCACGAAAGCAGCUAUUUUGUCGUCUGCUUAAAAUUAUGUAUUUCUGUAAUUGUGGUCGCUUGUCCUUGCGCUUUAGGAUUAAGUACACCAACAGCCGUGAUGGUUGGAACAGGAAUUGGAGCUCAAAACGGUAUUCUAAUCAAAGGUGGCGGUCCAUUAGAGGAAAGCAAAAAGAUUACCAAAGUAGUAUUUGAUAAAACUGGAACGCUCACUAAAGGAAAAUUGGAGGUAGCACAUCAUGAAAUAAUUACCGGAAACUUGGAAUUAACCCCAGAAAAGUUCUUUGCCAUCGUUGGAGCUGCGGAAUCUUCGAGUGAGCAUCCAUUAGGUCGAGCUAUUGUACAACAUGCACAACAGUUGUUAGAAAUUGAACAAUUCGACGCUGAGGUCUCCGAAUUUGAAGCAGUUGCGGGAUUAGGUAUAGGGUGCAAUGUACUAUACAAUGCAUCAUGUGCAUUUUCAAAUUCAAAUUUGAUCAAUCAAUCAACGAAAAUCACAACAAAUACUGCAACGUCGUAUAGUGUACUUGUUGGUAAUGCCAGUUUUCUUUCUGAUCAUAAUCAAAUAUCUAUUCCGAAUUCGGUAUAUAAAAUCAAAGAAACACAAGAACGACUAGGGCGAACCACCGUUUUAAUAGCAAUCAAUAACACAUUUGCUGGCUGUGUCUUUUUAUCGGAUAGCAUAAAACCCGAGGCGAAAUUAACCAUUGCUGCGUUAAAUAAAAUGGGUGUUUCGGUAGCAAUGAUCACGGGAGAUCAAGAAUUAACUGCAAAAGCAAUCGCUGCACAAUGUGGAAUAACGGAAAUUUACGCUGGUGUCUCUCCAAAUGGUAAAAAACAGAUUAUUCAAACGCUUCAACAUCCCUCUGCCACCACGAAAAGAAAAAUUGUUGCAAUGGUUGGAGAUGGGAUAAAUGAUUCGCCUGCUUUGGCCGCAGCAAAUGUGGGAAUUGCGCUGAGUAGUGGGACGGAUGUUGCAAUAGAAGCAGCAGAUUUGGUAUUGAUGCGUAAUGAUCUAAUGGACGUGGUAACAGCACUGGAUCUAUCACGAACAAUAUUUAAAAGGAUACAAUUGAAUUUCUUGUGGGCGUGUAUUUACAACGUAUUGGGAAUUCCAUUGGCGAUGGGAUUUUUCAUUCCUUGGGGUUGGCAUUUACAUCCGAUGAUGGCUGGUGCGGCGAUGGCUUGUUCUAGUGUUAGUGUCGUGUUAUCGAGUCUAAUGUUGAAAUGGUGGCAAAAACCACAGUGGGUUGAUGAUGGUGAAGGAGGCGCGGAAAGAAUAAGACCUAAAAAUGAAGGUAUAGAAGGUAUAUUGAGUGCUAUUGAUCGAUGGGGUAAAAAACGAGUUGAACGAGGUUAUAGACGUGUUCCUAUCGGAGAUGAGGAUCUAAGAAAUUAG